CAAACAAGAGUGUGAAAAUGAAGAUGGUGUUUGUGUCAUGUUUUACUAUAUUUGUGUUAGUAAUUGCGACAGAGGCAUCAAAUGGCUUAACCUGUGAGGAAGAAAAAGCCUUAGUGAUGCCAUGCUCAGAUUUUGUGACGAAGAAAACUGAUGAACCUUCAACUCUUUGCUGCAAAGGAUUGAACCAAAUAAUAUCAUUGCCACCUGAAGAAAAGCUUGCUGCAUGUACGUGUCUUAAGGAAGCAGCCUCUCAUAUUCCUAACUUAGACAAAGACAGAAUCAAUAAUCUUCCCAAAGCUUGUAAACUCAAUCUUGAUUAUCCCAUCUCCAAUGACUUUGAUUGCAAUUUCAUUCUCUAAGCUGGAGGCUUCAACAGGAAAUGUGGUGUUAGAAAGGGUGGAUUAUGCUUCCAAUUUCCUAUUUUUAUAAUAAAUAAGAUUGUUUCUUCAACUUCUGUGAACAAAC